CGCACUUAUAUAUGAAUCCGAAUCUGCUGCUGCUGCUGCUUACAGCUCGACCUAGUCUAAAGAUAAUGCAACAGGAACAACAGUGAAUAAUCACUGAUAACCCGCUGGCCUGACUGCCAGUGUUCCUCCCUGCUCUGUGUGUGCGUGUAACGGAAUUUAAGGAUACGACCUACGAUUUCGAAGAACAGUUAUAGCAUCCCCUUAAUAUAUGUACGGACUGUUGAAUUGAAUUAGUCAGAAGCAACAAUUACAAACAAAUUCCAUUUGGCGUGCGUGUGUGUGUGUGUGUGUGUGUGUGCGUGUGUGCGGUUCUCGUGUACGGGUGUGUGUUCGAAACGAAACUAAGGCGAGGAGGGAAGACAACAAAACGGUUGGUUUGUGCCAUUCAACAACCUCUUUGUGGCAGUAUCGAUUUUCCGUUACAUCGUUAUACACACACAUUUGACCGACUUCGCAGCCAGCUAUUACGCACACGCCAGCCCACCCCACCCCACACGCCAAACGCCACACGCCCCAAGCCCCUCCUUAAGUUUAGCGCGGUUCGAGCAGGCGGGUUGAUGCGCGGCAGCAGCAAGCAGAGCCAGAGGCAGAGCUAAUCUGUUGGCUUAGUGUGAGCGAAUUUGUUGCAUCUUGGCGGCACUGGAGGCAUGUUUAUUUGGCACUUGUCAGUCGCCGGACGGACAAACCAUUUAGGUGAGAGCCACCACUUCCACAGCGAGCGUAACCAGGCACGGCGGCAACAAUAGGAGCGAUCCCACUGAAUACAGCAACAACCACUGUAAAUAGCAUCAUCAGCAUCCACUGCAGGCACAUCAUCCACAACUUCCACAACAUUUACAACAUCCAGCGCACCUUGGGAACGGUAAUUUUCUGAGAGAAAGCUCAACAUCCAAGAUCCACAUCGACAUCGGGAUCCACCAGUAGAUGUUCACCAUGAUCCAGUUGAAGCAACUACAGCUCCCCUUCAGCCACGCAGCGUUAUUACUGAUGCUGGCGGCGGUGGUGGGCGUGGGCCAGGCGGGGUCCCAGAACACACCGCAACAGCAGGUGUGUCCGGAGCAGGGCGACAUCUCGCCCUGCAUCUGCACGGUGAAGAAGAACGGACUGGACAUACUCUGCGAGACAACGGACUUGGCGCACAUCACCAAAUCGAUGGGCACACUCAAGGGCAAAAGUCCCAUCAUUUUCUACCUGAAGUUGCGCCACAAUAACCUGCCCAAGCUGCAGGGAUUCGUUUUCCUGGCCCUGGACAUUCGCCACCUGACCAUACACAACAGCAGUCUGGCGACAAUCGAGGAGAAUGCUCUCAGUUCCUUGGGCACUGGACUCACACAGCUGGACGUAUCGCUGAACCAAAUGAAAACCGUGCCUUCGCAGGCACUGCAGCAUCUGUUCCACCUGUUGAUCUUGAACCUGAACCACAACAAAAUCACCGUGAUCCACAACAACGCCUUCGAGGGACUAGGAACACUGGAAAUUCUUACGCUCUAUGAGAACAAGAUCACCCAGAUAGACCCCGAGGCGUUCCGCGGACUGGAAGGAAAAUUGAAGCGUUUGAAUCUGGGUGGUAAUGAUUUAAGCAGAGUUCCCCAAAAGUCCCUGUCUAUAUUGGACACGCUGAAGAAGCUGGAAAUACAGGAGAAUAAGAUCCGCUCCAUCAUUGAGGGUGACUUUGAGGGCUUGGUAAACCUCGAUUCCUUGAUUCUGGCCCACAACAUGAUUACCACAGUGCCUGCAAAUGUCUUCAUACACCUUACCCAGCUAAAUUCUCUGGAAUUGGAGGGCAACAAGAUCAGCGUUAUCGAUAAGGAUGCGUUCAAGGGCUUGGAGGAGAACCUGCAGUAUCUGCGCCUAGGAGACAACCAGAUCCAUGCCAUUCCCAGCGAGGACCUGCGCCCACUGCACCGUCUUCGCCAUUUGGAUUUGCGGAACAACAACAUUAAUGUCCUGGCCGAUGACGCCUUCACCGGAUUUGGCGACUCGCUCACGUUCCUCAACCUCCAGAAGAAUGAAAUCAAGGUGCUGCCAAGUGUGCUCUUCGAGAGCCUAAACUCGCUGGAGACCCUGAAUCUGCAGAAUAACAAGCUGCAGCGCAUUCCCCAGGACAUCAUGGAACCGGUCAUUGAUACCCUACGCAUCAUCGAUAUCACGGAUAAUCCGCUGAACUGCUCCUGCGAAUUGACCUGGUUCCCCAAGCUGCUCGAGGACCUGAAGAACAAGGAUGACGAAAUGUCGCAGAAGAAGAAGCCGCUGUGCCACAUGUCGCAGGACAACCGCGAGUACUUUGUGCAGGCCAUGCCCACCGAAAAGAUGCACUGCGCCGGCCUCAAUGUGAGUCCCUCACCCACGAGCGGCGGUCUGAUGCGGAUACUGCAAGUGAACCUUCUGGCCCAAAUUGCCAUGUGUAGCGUGGCGUUUCUGAUUAGCGUUUAAUCGCUUCCGAUCUGAUCCGAUCUGAAGCGGGUCCCCAGUCUAGUUAGGUCCGGAGACCAUUUUUCCAUGUGGGUCAGUUUCAUAUCCAGAUUCAGAUUCAAGCACAGUGAUAGAAGUUGAUGGGGAGUCCUCGAUUGCGGGCUCCCCAUUCAAUACAAAUCGCUUCGAACCAAUUCGAUGCUGAGACCAUAGAAAAUCCCACAAAAAAGAAAUACCCAUAGACCUUUUGUACGUCUGCAAACCAUUUCUGUGUUGUUGUAUUGUAUAUUUUCUUAUAGAUUAUAGUGAAUCCGUGAAUUAUGCAACUCUGCCAAUUAUUAGACCCAAAAAGCACGCUUUCGAACUGUACCGAACUGUUCGCUGCAGCCUACCCACCACACCAGCAGCAAACAUCACCAGAUCAGCCAAUCCAGAGCGACUUGUCCAUUUCUGCGUCUGUUCCCCCCACCUCCACUCUGUUGAAUUGAUGCACCAACAGACAGACACCACAAUCCAGUCCACAGUUGCAACAUCAUCAACAUCUACAACACGAGACACAUGCACAGUAACUCGACAGCGACGCGCUCCCAGCUCGCUCUCCUGGAAAAGCCCGAGAGAAGGGCGUUAGAUGAUAGCAUCUCUUACAUCUUUAUCGAUACGGAUAAAGCUUAGACCGAAGACUUGAACUGAAACAUAUCAGAAUUUGUGACGCAGAAGCAGAAGCAGAAGAAUUGUUACGGUUAAGCAGCGACAGAACAUUAUUGUUACGAUUACAUUUGCAUACGAGCAUUACAUGUUAUUUCGUAUUGUGUACAUACUUACUCGUAUCUAUGAUAUUCCCAUAUGUGCAC